GUAUUCACGAGUUAUUCUUUUUUCUAUUAUCUCUUGCUACCUCUUGCAACAUUGAAUGGUGUUGUUUAAUAUAAAAUUUGUAUAUAUACAAUGGCUGGAUUUGGAAGAUUGAUACUUUGUAUCGAUUUCAGCAAGUUCUUAUGUUCUAGAAGUAACUUGUUAAACUUACAUCAGAAUGUAUCAAAAAAUACACUGAAUUUUAUACAUGACACUGCUUUUCCAAUAAAACCAAAGAAACCACAAACUGCAUUUAUUUUGUAUUUAAAUCAAGUUAGACAAAAGUUUAUUAAUGAAACUCCUGGUAUAAAACCAUCAGAAAUAGUAAAGAAAGCAUCUCUGAAAUGGGCAGAAUUAGAUCCUGCAGAAAAGGAAGAUUUUCGAAGACAAUAUAGCAGAAAUUAUGAAAAUUAUAUUAAAGAAUUAAAAAGAUUUGAAGAUUCUUUAACCGAUGAACAGAAACAAUUAUUGAAAGAACGAGAGAAAUCUCUGAAACACGAUAAUAAAUCAGCAAAUGAUAAGCAGAAGAAAGAAGCAUUUGGAAGACCAAAAAAACCAUUAAAUGCAUUUCUAACAUACAUAUCGUCGAAAAGGAACGAGAAAGAUCCAAACAUACCUUAUAAGGAUUGGCUGCAGUCAAUGUCAACAAAUUGGAAGAAAAUGUCGAAUAUAGAGAAAGAGCCAUAUGUUAUUCGCUGUACAGAUUUGAUGAUGCAAUAUAAGAAAGAUUUAGCAGAGUGGGAAGAAAAAAUGAUAAAUUUAGGUCAUUUUGAUAUUGUGAGACAGCAUACUUCAAUGAAAUCUGAAAACAUUGGAGAAGAGAAAUAAAACCAACAAUUAUAU